GCAGCCGCGGCGACAGUAGCAGCAGUAGCAGGGCUGGCAGCGGGCGGGGCGGCGAGCGCAGCACUACCGCCAGGAGCACCGGCAGCAGGAAAUACUGGAUAAAUCCCACAAUGGAAGACGGGAAGCCCGUUUGGGCUCCACACCCAACUGAUGGGUUUCAGAUGGGGAUGAUUGUGGACAUUGGCACUGACAACUUAACUAUUGAGCCUUUGAAUCAGAAAGGCAAGACCUUCCAAGCUGCUAUCAAUCAAGUGUUUCCUGCAGAGGAGGAUAGCAAAAAGGAUGUAGAAGAUAAUUGUUCCCUGAUGUAUUUAAAUGAGGCCACUCUCCUUCACAAUAUCAAAGUUCGGUACAGUAAGGACAGAAUUUACACCUAUGUAGCCAACAUUCUUAUUGCAGUGAAUCCAUACUUUGAUAUACCUAAGUUUUAUUCUUCAGAUACUAUUAAAAAGUACCAGGGUAGAUCGCUUGGAACAUUGCCACCACAUGUUUUUGCCAUUGCUGAUAAAGCAUUCCGUGACAUGAAAGUGCUCAAGAUGAGUCAGUCCAUCAUAGUCUCUGGAGAAUCAGGAGCUGGCAAGACAGAAAACACUAAAUUUGUUCUGAGGUAUUUAACAGAAUCCUAUGGUAGUGGCCAGGAUAUUGAUGACAGAAUUGUAGAAGCAAAUCCCCUAUUAGAAGCCUUUGGAAAUGCAAAGACUGUUCGCAACAACAACAGCAGUCGUUUUGGGAAAUUUGUUGAAAUCCACUUCAAUGAAAAGAACUCGGUGGUUGGUGGAUUUGUAUCACACUACCUUCUGGAGAAAUCUAGGAUCUGUGUGCAAGGCAAAGAAGAGAGGAAUUAUCAUAUCUUUUACAGGCUUUGUGCUGGUGCUCCAGAAGACAUUAGGGAAAAACUAUAUCUAAGCUCUCCUGACAACUUUAGGUAUUUAAAUCGAGGCUGUACCAGAUUUUUCGCUAACAAAGAAACGGACAAACAGAUUUUGCAAAAUCGCAAGAGUCCUGAGUAUCUUAAAGAAGGUUCCUUGAAGGAUCCACUGUUAGAUGAUCAUGGAGAUUUCAACAGAAUGUGCACAGCAAUGAAAAAGAUUGGACUGGAUGAUGAAGAAAAACUUGAUCUUUUUAGAGUAGUGGCUGGUGUCCUUCAUCUUGGAAAUAUUGAUUUUGAGGAAGCUGGGAGUACAUCAGGGGGCUGCACGCCGCGGGCGCGAAGCCAGCCAUCGCUGGAGCGCUGCGCCGCCCUGCUGGGCCUCGACCAGGACGACCUGCGCGGGAGCCUCACUACGCGCGUCAUGCUCACGACGGCAGGGGGCGCCAAAGGCACGGUCAUCAAGGUGCCCUUGAAAGUGGAACAAGCAAACAAUGCUCGUGAUGCCUUGGCUAAAACAGUGUAUAGUCAUCUGUUUGACCAUGUAGUGAAAAGGGUAAACCAGUGUUUUCCAUUUGAGACUUCUUCUUUCUUCAUUGGAGUGCUAGAUAUAGCUGGUUUUGAAUACUUUGAACACAACAGUUUUGAACAAUUCUGUAUAAACUACUGUAAUGAGAAACUGCAGCAGUUUUUUAAUGAAAGAAUUCUGAAAGAGGAACAAGAACUUUACCAGAAAGAAGGCCUGGGGGUUAAUGAAGUGCGUUAUGUAGAUAAUCAGGACUGUAUAGAUUUGAUUGAAGCAAAAUUAGUAGGUGUACUGGAUAUUUUGGAUGAAGAAAAUCGUCUUCCCCAACCAAGUGAUCAGCAUUUUACUUCAGUUGUGCACCAAAAGCACAAGGACCAUUUCAGGCUCUCAAUUCCUAGGAAGUCUAAAUUGGCUGUUCACAGAAAUAUCAGGGACGACGAAGGCUUUAUUAUCCGACACUUUGCAGGAGCAGUAUGCUAUGAGACGAUGCAAUUUGUGGAAAAAAACAAUGAUGCUUUGCACAUGUCCCUUCAAUCUCUUAUAUGUGAAUCCAAGGACAAGUUUGUUCGAGAGUUGUUUGAAGCUAACACGAACAACAACAAGGAUCCCAAACAAAAAGCUGGGAAACUUAGUUUCAUCAGUGUGGGAAACAAAUUCAAGACUCAGUUAAAUUUGCUUCUUGAGAAACUUCACAGUACUGGGUCUAGCUUUAUUCGCUGUAUCAAACCUAAUUUAAAGAUGACAAGUCAUCAUUUUGAAGGAGGACAGAUCCUCUCUCAGCUUCAGUGUUCAGGAAUGGUGUCAGUUCUGGAUUUAAUGCAAGGUGGUUUCCCUUCACGAGCUUCAUUUCAUGAAUUAUAUAAUAUGUACAAGAAAUACUUGCCUGAAAAAUUGGCUCGACUGGACCCUAGGCUUUUUUGCAAAGCACUAUUUAAAGCCUUGGGACUGAAUGAAAAUGAUUACAAAUUUGGGCUAACCAAGGUGUUUUUUAGACCUGGCAAGUUUGCAGAGUUCGAUCAGAUAAUGAAGUCUGAUCCGGAUCACUUGGCAGAGCUGGUUAAACGAGUGAAUCGCUGGCUUAUCUGCAGUCGUUGGAAAAAAGUUCAGUGGUGUUCUCUCUCAGUGAUUAAGUUGACAAAUAAGAUAAAAUAUCGAGCCUGUGCCUGCAUUAAAAUACAAAAGACUAUUCGUAUGUGGCUUUGCAAGAGAAAGCACAAACCACGCAUUGAUGGCCUGAUAAAAGUGCGUACACUGAAGAAGAGACUUGACAAAUUCAAUGAAGUAGUAAGUGCCCUGAAGGAGGGAAAAGCAGAGACAAGCAAGCAGGUCAAGGAGCUGGAGUAUUCUAUUGAUGCAUUAAUGAACAAAAUUAAGACCACUGUAAUGACUAGAGAACAGAUACAGAAAGAAUAUGAUGCUUUAGUUAAAAGCUCAGAGCACCUUCUGAGUGCACUGCAAAAGAAGAAGCAGCAAGAGGAGGAAGCAGAGAGGCUGCGACGCAUCCAGGAGGAAAUGGAAAAAGAAAGAAAGAGACGUGAAGAGGAAGAACAGAAACGAAGGAAGGAAGAAGAAGAAAGACGUCUGAAAUCUGAUAUUGAGGCAAAGAGAAAACUGGAAGAGGAAGAGAGGAAAAAGAGGGAAGAUGAAGAAAAGCGUAUUCAGGCUGAAAUUGAAGCUCAGCUAGCUAGAGAACGAGAAGAGGAAACCCAGCACCAGGCAGUGCUUGAGCAGGAACGUCGUGACCACGAACUUGCAAUGAGAAUUGCCCAGAGUGAAGCAGAACUCAUCAAUGAUGAGCCUCAGCUUGAUUUAGGAUUGCGCAGAGCCAAUGGAAGAAAGCCACAAAUGACUGCGGAACAAAUGGCCACAGAAAUGUCAGAAAUAUUGUCUAGGGGUCCUGCAGUGCAAGCCACAAAAGCUGCUGCUGGUACUAAGAAGCAUGAUCUCAGUAAGUGGAAAUAUGCAGAGCUUCGCGAUACAAUCAAUACAUCCUGUGAUAUUGAACUGUUGGCAGCUUGCAGAGAAGAGUUCCACCGAAGGCUAAAGGUGUAUCAUGCUUGGAAAUCCAAGAAUAAGAAACGCAAUGCAGAAACAGAACAACGUGCUCCCAAAUCAGUCACAGACUAUGAUUUUGCACCAUUUUUGAGCAACUCAACACAACAGAACCCAACAGCCCAGCUACCGAGCAGACAGCAAGAGAUUGAAAUGAACAGACAACAGCGUUACUUCCGCAUUCCCUUCAUCCGCCCCGCGGACCAGUACAAAGACCCCCAGAACAAGAAGAAGGGUUGGUGGUAUGCACAUUUUGAUGGGCCAUGGAUUGCUCGACAAAUGGAACUUCAUCCUGACAAGGCACCCAUUCUCCUUGUAGCGGGUAAGGAUGAUAUGGAUAUGUGUGAGCUUAAUCUUGAAGAGACUGGGUUAACCCGAAAGCGAGGUGCUGAAAUUUUGCCGAGACAGUUUGAAGAAAUUUGGGAGCGCUGUGGAGGUAUCCAAUAUCUUCAAAAUGCAAUUGCAAGCAGACAAGCUCGUCCUACGUACGCUACGGCGAUGCUGCAGAACCUGUUGAAAUAAAUUGGCAUUUUGCACAGUAGUGUUCGAGAUGAGAACCCUUGCCUGUGAUACAAAGGGAAGAGUUCCUCUGGGCAACAGAGGACGUAAACAUUCUAUAAUCAUAUUAGAGAUGUUUAAUAUAAAGUGAACAGGUUUUAUUAAUCACAUGGUUUGUUAAUUUGUACUUUAUGAUGUUUAAUUUCUGUAGUGAACUUUACUAGGUAUGAGGACCUUGAAGAAACUUCAGUCAGUGUAGUUUGUUGCAUUUUGUUUAUAUGUUUUAUUUUCUUUAACAGUUUCUGUUAGAACUCUUAACACUUCUAAGCAAUCUGUCUUUACUCGGGUACAUAUUACAAAGAACUGCAUUGCAACCACCUUUUUAUAAAAUUCCUGCUUCAAAACACUGAAUAGUUGGCUUCAAGUGGUCUAGUAAAGAGGAUAUGCUAUUUCUAAUAACUGGAAUUGUGAGGCCUUAGCUUUGACUUCUGUUACGGAGAAGUUGGAGUAUACUUUUAUAUAAUCUGAGACAUUUUAUGUCCUGAUUUGCAAACUGGUUAGUGUCUGUAUUUAGUUGUUUUUUUUUUUCAGAACCUGAUGGGAAAUUCUCCUAAACUUGAGACCCAUAAAUUCCUAUUUAAUCCAUUCUCUGUCUUGGUUUAAGAGAAAUGGUUUUCUGUACAUUCUCAGAAGAGCAUUCAUAUGUAUCAAUAUAGUGUAAUAUUGGAGGUCCUCAAAGAAUGUACUGCUCAUUAGGGCUUAUACCACUUCUUACUUUCUUUCUCUUUUUUCUGUUUCAGUAGAAAUUUGGUUUAGACUUAUUUUUCUGACCGCAUUUCCAUUAGGAACUCUUGGACAGUUUGUUUAGCCAGGUAGUGUAAUUUCAAAAUAUUAUGCAAAAUUGUCCAAGCCUUGUAUCUGGAGGUAUAUAAGAUUAAGGAUAGGAUAAGGGAAAUACGUUCAGCUUUUUUAUGUCAGUAUAACUUAACUGAAUAUUGAGGCCUGAGCCUCAGACAUUGUGUUUAUUUUAAUUGUAACAAGAUAUACAAGGUCUCUACCUUUCGUUAGAGCGUGUAAAACAUUGGUCUAAUGACAUAAUGCUGAUAUCAUCUUAAUACUAUGUGCUAAUUAAAUAGCUACAAAUUUUAGUAUACUGAAAUACCAUAGCAAUUUGGACACUACUCUGAGCUUUGUCAUAAUCUCUUCUGUCAAGUUUCAUAGCUUGUAACAGUUCCCUUAUUAAGCAGUUUGUUUUGGGAGUUUUUUUGGGUGGGAAUUGUUAAUUUCAUACAGUUUUAAGAUGCAUCUCUUUCACUUACGUGAACAUUGUUUUACUAUGCUGGCCAUUAUUUCAACAAAUUAAACUUGACUAUUUAUUAUCUCUCUAAUAGGAAUUCAAAAUAUAAGUAGUUUGAUGUCCAAUUACUUAUUUAACCUGAUUCAAAAAUGAAGUCUUGCUCUUUUAAGUGACAAAUUUUGUUUACACUAUAAGAAGAUUUCCUCAGUCUUUACUCAGUUUGAAACCUCUUGGAAAUGUUAAUUUUCUAAUGCAUAAAUAUACUUAAUAAUUUUCAAGAGGUACAGUUCUGUAGCACAGAGAGAGCUCCUGAUGCUGACCUUAGACUGUGGUUGUAUGCCACAGUCUGCUUGUUGUUAUAAAUACACUCCUUACUAUAAUACUUGUGGAGAUAUUCAGUAGUAGUUAACUCUGUACAGACCCACUGCAUCAGGGAAUCUCAGCUUCUGCUACAUACCCACUCAGCCUCUUGCAAACGAGGAAAUGUUUUAAUUUUACCCAAACUCUUCACUAAAACUAUAAUUUGUCUGGAAGAUGAAAGCAGAGGUGCAUCAGACUGCUGGCUAGCAAGUUGUGUGCAAACCUGUACACUGUUGCAUGAAUUUAAAGGUGCAGCUUAGGAAAUUUAGGUUACUGGUUUAAUGUGUUACUGCAUUGGAACCGAAGUUUCACAACUUCCAGUCUCUGGAAAUUUAACACUGCAGGAAGCUGUGCUCGCUCACGUGAUCCCAGAAGGAAAAUCAUUGAACUGACCUGUGUUUAUUACUGUCAGGAUUUAGCUGCUUGACUUAACAUGUUCAGUCCCAGUGUAUGUGUGUAUAUAUAUAUGUGUGUGUGUGUGUAUAUAUAUAAAACCAUGGAUCUUAUGAGACUGAACAUAGUAAGCAAGGAACCUCAUUACUUAAGUGUGUGUCUGUUUAUACACAUAUAUAAGCUUAAAUAUUUCAGUAAAUAUGUGUGUAAACAUACCUGUGGGGAACUUAAAAUGAAUAAAAUUAACUGAAUUUUUCCAAUCUGUACCUUUGAUUAUGCUAGGAUUACCUUGACUGGCAUCAGAAAGAAAAUUUGUUCUUCAGAAUGGGGUGUGUGGGAAUUUUUGUUAACUAAAUGACUAAAAAAUAUAGCUAUUGGGAAAAUAAAAUGGACUUUAAAAUUAGUGGAAGAGGGUCUGGUGGUUGGGCGUUCUCAAAUGAGAUAUUCCCACCUCUCUGCAGUACUCCAGAAGUAUGACUGAGGCAAGCUGAAGAUACAUUCCAGAAAUCCUAGUUUGCACAGUAGCAGGCUGCUUUUUUUUUAUUAUUGUUAUUAUUAUUUUUCUUUCUCUGCACCAAAAGCAGCAUCUGCUCUUAGUUUUACUGAUCUUUCUGUGCAACAAAAUUAAUUUUCAGUUAGUUUCAGACUAUUUUAUUUUUUCUUACAUGUCAAGCAAUGUUCAUUUGCUUACAAAUUAUUUCUGUGAUCCCAUUUACUGUGUCAGAUAAAUAUACAAUUGGUUGAUUUGGAGAGGAAAUAAAAAAAAAGGGAGAGAGGGAGUUCGACUGUAGUAUGACCUAAUGCCCUUCUGAUCUGUGGUUAUAGAGAAAAAUUUAGUUUGUUUUUUAAAGCACAUUGGCUGGUUCUCUCUGUGUUUGAUUUUUUUAAAAAAAUAAAUUCUUCCUGCCUAUCAGUGAACCUGUUUGCUAUAGUUGAGAUCUGCCUGAAGCAGUCCACAAAACAAAGGAGAGGAAGAGAAUCACCACACUAGGCUACAUUCCUGACUAGGUAUCCCUGAAAUAUCCAUUUUCUUAAGAAUGCUACUUUGAAGAUCAUAACGUCGUUAAAUACUUAUCUUUCAUCCACUGAGAAGAUUGUUUUUCUUAACUUAGUUUAAUCCUUUGGGUUUUUCUCAAAAAUCUUUAUUUAAAGUUUUUAAAUGACCUCCUAAUACUGUACUGAAAAUUAAAAAUAAAAAAUAAACACAUUCCAUGUUGAAAUCUCACUUGUAUCUUCUUACCAUUUUGUCUUUGAAGAUUUAAAGCAUAAUAAAUAAGGGUAAAUUAAGUUAUGAGAAGGGUAAAAGGAUUUCUGUGCUGGAACUCCCUGCUGCUUUUCUGUCAGAUGUUUUUGAUGCUUACUUUUCAAAGUUUUACUUUAGUGAAGGUUUUGUCUUUACUUUCUAAGGUGUUUCUCCAAAAUGACAUUCUGAUAUUAAAAAAUUCUGAUUUUUUUACUUUUAAGUUUCAUCCUUAAUUUCUCAGUAUUUAUUAAAACAAAUAUCUUUACUUUUAUUACUAUUUUUUUAACAUUUAUUGCUAUCACUUUCCAUGUAUCUAUAAUUUGCUAUGCUGUGUAUUCUUUGCAUAUGUUUCAUUUUUCAUGACAGUCAGUGACUAGUGAAAACAAUUCUACUGCUUUGAGUUUGUAUGCUGCAGGGGAAACUUUAUGUCUGAGAUGGAGAAGUUUUGUGGGUUUUGCUUGUUUGUUUUCCCCUUAAAAAGAGUCUUAGAAAACUUUCUUGUCUUAUGGACCAGAUCAGAGUGGUAGUUUUUUAACAUAAAAAGAUUCAAGUAAUUUGGGCUUUGUUAUCUAGGAAAUGUAAUUUUGUUUCACUUUCCUUAUGGCUUUUAUCUCCAGCUGUAAUUUUACAUCCGUUUUAAGGUAAUGUGAUAUGUUUUAGUUUGAGAUUAAGUACCAGUUCAAUUCCCAGUGAAAUUUUCAAGUAAAUAGUUUUAUUAUGUUUUAUUGAAAUACAAAAGGCUUACGUCCAGCAAAUAUAUUUGGUAAUUAAUAGUUGAGAGUGAUAAAUACAAUCAUGAAUAAUCAUUAUUAAAAGACACAUUUUAAAACUACUUACUUUUUAAUCUGGCUAGUGAUAACUAGUAUGACUUGAAAUACACUAAACACAUACAAAAAUACAUUUGUAAUGGAAAAAAGAUGGAAUGCUAUCAGCAUUCUUAAUGUAUUCUUAGCUUACAUGAGCAAUAAUGAAAAGCUAACAUUUGUUGGCAGGGAUGACUUCCAGUGCCCUGCAAGAAAUAUUUUUAAAGUAGUUUUAUUCUGAAGUGUUACUGGGUAAAACCACAUCUUAGGUUUCUUCUUUAUUUUUUUUUCUACUUAAAUAAAGUAAGUAAAAAUACUAUUUCAGCUGUAGAAACUCAACCUUGUAUUCUUGGUGCUUUGCCUUCAUUCGUACACUAUCACCAGUUUCGGUGGUUUUGCAGGCAAAUCCGUGCAGUUAGUUGUUUGGAAUUCGUAAACAGUUCUUCUGAGUGUACAUAAUAAGGUAAACUAAAGUUCAGUCUUUGCUGUGGUAACUGCGCGGUACGAAGAGAGAAGAAUUGUUGCUGAAAUCAGCUGCUGUCCCAAAUACACAAAAGUUUCACAUCUGAAUGAGGACCUGUCAUCCAGAAUAGUCAUGAACUUUGUCAAAGCUCAGUUUGAGCUGUAAGUACGACUUCUGGUGUGCACCAAGCAGGAAACAGUGCCUGAAUAUUGUACAACACUGGUGCAGGAUAUAAAUAUUAUAGAUAUACUCAAGAAACAGAUGCUCAAGGUAAAAUAAUGCUCAUACUUGAAUCAAGAUUGUGGAUUUGUAGUGCAUAAAUUAAUAAGCCUACAAAAUACUUAAAGGCUACCCGAUGUCUGCUUAGAUUUCUUCUACAAAAACUGACAGUAACUUCUCAAAAUUAUUUGUGUGCAUACUGAGUUUAAAGUGUACACAAUCAUGUGCAAUUCUAAUCUACUUUUUACCAGGAGGGUGCUUGUGAAUGUAAAUACCUUGUUCUGAAAAGAUGAAACUCCAGGUAUUGUGCCUCAGCAAAAAGUUUGAAGUCUUAGGAUAAUCUGAUAGUUUCACUGUCACCAGAAAUUAAGCAGUUAAGUGUAUAUGUACAUAUGUAUAAACAAUGUUCAUAGAAACCCUUAAAAAAAUUAAUUCCAACUUGUGUGUGAUUUGCAAUGUGAGCAUUGUAGGGAGAGAAUAAAGAAGUUCCCGGA